AUGGUCAAGAAGCGAAAAUCUGCCGCCGCCGCGGCUCCUCAGGAGCCCGAACCCGUUCAGUCUGAGCAGGAGCCCGAGUAUCCCGAGCCGGUAGAAAACCAGCAGGUCCCGGAGGAAGAAGCAGUCGGCAACGGCGGAGAGGAAGAUGAACCGGAAGAAGAGGCAGGUGGGGAGGGAGAAGACCAGGACAACAUGGACGAGCAGUCGAACGACGCCGUUCAGGGCGACAACGUGAACAACGACCAUCAGAUCGAAAUCGCCGGGAAUCCGUCACAGGCCGCGGUCCCGGUAAACGGCGGCGAGGACGAGGGGGACGAGGAGGAGGAGCCGCUCGAGAAGAUUCUGGAUCCCUUUUCCAAGGACCAAUUGACUCUCCUGGUCAAAGAAGCGGUGGCUAAUCACCCCGAUCUAGUCGAGAUCGUUCAUAAAUUGGCCGACUCUGACCCCUCCCACCGCAAGAUCUUUGUCCACGGGCUCGGGUGGGAAGCCAGUGACGAGACCAUCACAACCUUGUUCAGCAAGUACGGUGAAAUCGAGGACUGCAAGGUCGUCAAGGACAAGAUAUCCGGGAAAUCCAAGGGCUAUGCUUUCAUUCUAUUUAAGCAUCGCAAAGGGGCCCGGAGGGCCCUGAAGGAGCCACAGAAACUGAUCGAGGGCCGGAUGGCGUCAUGCCAGUUGGCCUCUGCUGGACCCGUCCGUGCCCCGACACCUGCAGUGGCUGCUUCUGUCCCUGCUCCCUAUGAAUCGGAAUACACAAGGAGGAAGAUAUACGUGAGCAACGUGUCCCCUGAGCUCGACCCGAACAAGCUCCUGGCGUUCUUCUCAACAUAUGGGGAGAUUGAGGAAGGUCCACUGGGCUUGGACAAGCAGACUGGGAAACCGCGAGGGUUCUGUCUGUUCGUGUACAAGACUCUUGAAAGUGCCAAGAAGGCCCUUCAGGAGCCGCACAAGACUUUCGAGGGCCAUAACCUGCACUGCCAGAAGGCCGUGGAUGGGCCUAAGCAUGCCAAGGGCUUUUUCAGCCCGCAGCAGAGCCAGCCACCACGUCAGCAGGGGAACCAGGGGAACUACCGCCACCAGGCCAAGAAGGGGAGAUACUCUUCUGGAAGUAGUGAGGGCAUGAGGCCCGUGGGUGGUCACAUGAUGGCGCCCAACCCAGGCCAGGUGGGUUAUAGUCCUGGGGUGGCGCCUGCUGCUAUUGGACAGGCUGUGGCAGCUCUGUUGGCCACUCAGGGGGCUGGAUUGGGUAUUGGGAAUUUUCUGGGAGGAAUUGGUGGUGGCGGAAAUCCGCAGGGAGGGCCACCCAUGAUGAAUAAUGCUGCUUAUGGUAGUCAAGGUGGGGGCUAUGUGGGCCAGCCGGGGAUGCAGGGAGGUUAUGGAGGCCAGUCGCAGAUGGCACAAAGUGGGGUUAGGCCUCAUCCAGGUGGUGCGCCGUACAUGGGUGGUCCGGGUCACUAG